AUGGGAGGAGCAGUGGUGGACGACGGACCUCCUGGAGUGAAGGCACCAGACGGAGGCUGGGGUUGGGCAGUGCUGGCUGGCUGCUUUGUCAUCACUGGCUUUUCCUAUGCUUUCCCCAAGGCUGUCAGUGUCUUCUUCAAGGAGCUGAUCAGAGAGUUUGAUGUGGGCUACAGCGACACCGCCUGGAUCUCAUCAAUACUGCUUGCCAUGCUGUAUGGCACAGGCCCUCUGUGCAGUGUACUUGUGAACAGGUUUGGCUGUCGACCAGUGAUGAUGGUUGGAGGGCUCUUUGCCUCGCUGGGAAUGAUUCUGGCCUCCUUUGCCACCAGCAUGAUACACAUCUACCUCUGCACUGGAGUUAUUACAGGUCUGGGUCUGGCAUUGAACUUCCAGCCAUCUCUUAUAAUGCUGAAUCGCUACUUUUCUGAGAAACGUCCUCUGGCCAAUGGCUUGGCAGCAGCAGGCAGCCCUGUGGCACUGUGCUGUCUCUCCCCACUGGGACAGAUUCUCCAGUACCAGUAUGGCUGGAGGGGGGGGUUCCUCAUACUAGGAGGGUUGCUGCUCAACUGCUGUGCCUGUGGUGCCCUCAUGAGGCCUUUGUUGGCCCCUAAGAAACCCCAUGAGCAGAAGGAGAACACUCUGGCAGCUGCAGAGGAGGAGAAGAAGCCAAAAAAGAAACUGUUGGAUUUCAGUGUGUUCAAGGACAGAGGAUUUGUCAUCUAUACCAUUGCAGCUUCUAUUAUGGUGCUGGGCUUGUUUGUGCCCCCCGUGUUUGUGGUCAGCUAUGCUAAAGGACUCGGCUAUGAGGAUACUAAGUCGGCAUUGCUGCUCACCAUAUUGGGAUUUGUUGAUAUGUUUGCUCGCCCUGCAUCAGGACUCAUAGCAGGCAUGAAGUGUGUACGGCCCAGAAGUGUCUACCUGUUCAGCUUUGCAAUAAUCUUCAAUGGGUGCAGUGACAUCAUAGGAUCACAGGCAAAUAACUAUGCAGGUCUGGUGGUGUUCUGUAUCUUCUUUGGUAUUUCGUAUGGCAUGGUGGGAGCGCUACAGUUCGAGGUCCUCAUGGCUAUUGUAGGGACAGAGAAGUUCUCCAGCGCCAUUGGCCUGGUGUUGCUAAUGGAAGCUAUGGCUGUACUAGUGGGACCUCCUGGAGCAGGUCGCCUCUUGGAUGCCACCCAUCAGUACAUGUACGUCUUCCUGUUGGCGGGCUGUGAGGUCACACUGUCGGCCUUCGUCAUUGCCAUGGGUAAUUUCCUUUGCAUCAGCAGGAAACAAGAUCCAGAGGCUAAGAUGGAGAUGGCGGUGACGGCUACAGAGAAGGAGGGGCUGUACCUUGGGGUGGAAAGCAAGGAAAAUGAUGAAGGCGAAGAGGAGCCUAAGGGAAAAGAGAAUGGAAAUGUCAGUGCUGUAAAAGCAGGGGAGGAGGUGAUAGUGGAGAAGAUGGGUGUGGAGGGUGGAGAGGAAAAUACAUCAUUAUGAAGAAUAAGAUAAAUAUGUGCACCAAGACGAUUCAUAAAAAGUUCUGAUGAUGCCCUGUGUCAAAUUAAAGGAGCAAGGAGCAGAUAGUGAGGGGGCACAAAGUAGGGUAAGAAAAGAGCCUUUAAAUGAAAAUCACAGUUUCAUAUAAUGGAUAUAAGUUGGGGACAUUUGAUAAUUAAGAGCUGUUUUCACCUGAAUUGGUUCUAUACAACAUAUUGAUCCAAUUAUGUAUUACUGGACUUAAAUUAAGAAUUGCUGUAUUGUUUAAAUAGUAGGCAUACAAGGCAUGAAAUGCCCAACUUUACUGGAACAAAUAGCAGCUUUAUAGGGUAAGAAACCUGCUGUACUACUGUCUACUUAGACACACUGCAUUCAGAACAAAAAAGUUGAUUUCCAGUUUUGUAUACCUAUGUUAGCACCAUUUUUCUCAGACAUAUCUCUUUUCACCAUUUAGGACUAAAGCUAUUCUAUUUUCCAUUUCCUACAGAUUUCAAAUACAUUGACAAAAACUUCACUCAUGGUCUACUUACUGGCUUUGUCUGGAGCUUUCAAACAUAUCUCAUAGCCUGUAUCACCAGAUGGGGGUGCUCAGUUUUCAUCAACUGUACAUCGGGGGGUCUUUUCUUCAGUGUGUAGCAGCAGAGAUCUCAAGGUGUUGAAUGGUUUGGGGUAAAUGUUGACCCCUUGAUAGUUUUGACAGUGCAGUCAGGUAAGGGAAUUGCCCUGUGAGAUUCCUGGUGGUCCCCAUUAAGCAGACCUAGAGGAAGUUACAAUCCCAUAGUAACUUUAGUGAUAAAAAUGUGGAAGAGGAAAGGAGAAGAAUGAGUGUGUUGCAUCGAUGAUGACACCACGUUUCCGUAACACACCCACUCCGCAACACUACUAGUUUCGCGGGGUUGAAAAAUCCUUGGGGAAACACACAAGUAAAAGCAGGGUAGACCAGGGGCAAUUGUAACACUGAAAAAUAAGUCGUAUUAACCCACUACAUCUCAGGUAAAAGCCUAGGCUACCUCAAAGUAAAUACUUUACAGCUAAUAAUGUUACAUAAGAGUUUUUAAAUGGUUCAAAUUAUUUUAGAUGUCAGGUAUCCUCUGCUGUUAUUUGUUCUAACUUCAUAAAAUUGCUUUUUACAAGUGAACUAGUCAUUCUCUUUGGUUUUGCUGGGUCUUAUACCAUAGUAAGUAGUUGAUGGUAUAGUCCACUAUACAGACAAACUGACAAUGAAAGGAACUUUACUUUUGCAGACUUAGGCCUAUAUAAUAUUCACACUUUCUGUUAAACACAAACAAAACACACUAUUUUAUACAAAGAAUGUUGGCCUAUGUUAAUUGUUGAUUGGUGAUACUAGAACAAAUCCAUUUCUUUUAAUACACCCUUUUUUAAUAUGGCUUUACAUUUAUAUUUAGUGAAAUAUGAUCCUGCUCCUUUUCCACAGGCAGAGAGAGAAUCCUAUUGAGCAUGUGCAGAUUAAGUGUCAUCACUCUAGCUUGUUUCUGAUUGGAGAAAUUGAGUGUGUUACAAUUGACCCCGGUCACCCCUACUGUUAAUUUGCAGAAACAAGUAGCAGUAAAAGUGGUCAUCAAAAUAACUACUUGAGUAAGAGUACAAAAGUACUUACUAAAACUACAUUUACACCAGGACAAUAUUCCUAGUGUGUAUCCAUCAAGUAUGAUUACAAAUUAUUGAGUUUAUAUUAUAGUCUGUUAGAACUCCAAUAAGUAAAGAUUGUUUAAAAAUGAUUGAUGAAACGAUUUGCCAAACACAUCAAAUUAGGAGAUAAUUUUGGAGAUGUUUCAUAAUUUAAUUUAAUCACUUCUUCACGUUUACCCGAGGAAGAUCAUCUGGUUGAAACACAUCAGUCGCAUCAGGCUAUACCAAUGAGCAUGACUAGUUAAAUGCAGACUGCUAGUAGGCUACACUGUUAGCUUAAAUAUUUACAUUAAGGUAGAGAGCAGGAGGAGUUUUUAAGCAUGAUGUGUGUAGCUUUUUAUUAUUAAACAUAUUAGCAUUACCACAGCAGACACUGCUCUCUGUCAGCUCAGUGUCAGCAUGGUGUAGCCUACUGACUUCACAACCGAAACCCGCUGCACCAGCUCGGUCUGAUCCCGGGGUGUCAGAUACCGACGCUUUGAGAAAGCCUGACAAAGCGUCGGUAUCGGACGCUCUGGGAUGAGACCAGGCUGGCUGCACGUGCGCUAGAUUUUAAUCUGUAAACUAAAUAUUAGCUGCUAGCGCCAUUUGAAAGCUGUACAUGAUGUAGCUUCAGCCAUUAUUCUCUUCUAACAGUCAUGCGGAUGUGCAAUGAAUGUAUCCAAAUGUAGCGGAGUUAAAAAGUAAUGAUUUUUCUCUUAAAGACUAUUCAAUUAAGAGUAAAAGUAUGAUGCAUUAAAACUACUCUGACAAGUACAGUUUACUAAAAGAAGUUAUUGAGUACAUGUAAGGGAGUAAAUGUAACUCGUUACUACCCCUCCUCUGCUAAUAAAGACUGUAGAAGCUGUUAAAAGCCCCGGAAAAGCUAGUAAGUGGACUUGACUUUUCACACUCAAAUUUUAAAUAAUGUACACUGUUUUUUGCACUAUUUUGCUUUAUUUAUUGACAUUUUAUGUAAUAGGAUGACAACUCAUAUCAAAAACUGAUUGUAAAAAUAAUUCAGAAUUUUUUGGCACUCAACCUGCAGGACACUGGGACAAACUUACUGGACUGCUACACCCAGCUAAUGUAUGUCCUACAUUGUCUGUAAAGGUCUGCUUAAUACUGUGUCUAGGACCUGCUGUGUUACAUGUUGGUGUGGUGCUGAUGCUGUGAUGCUGUGUGCCCUAUGCCUUCUGUGUAUCUUUUUGAGCUAAUGCUGAACAGACACUGGGUGUAGAAAUAUGGCACACAAACUGCACUUGACACAGCUAUUUUUCUGAGUGUUGUCCACAUUUACAGUUUCUUCCAAAUAAAAAUAUUUUAGUUGU